UAAAAUUCUUUAUUUUCAGAAUAAUGAUCUUGAAAAAACAUUAGAUAAAUUAGAAACAGAAACACUCAAAAAGGAUAAUGAUGAGAAAACGAUAUCACCUGUCAUAAGGAGAAAACAGCAAAAAAAAAUGUCUGAUGAAGAAGUUAUAGCAACAUUAAGAACUAUUGUUAAUCCAGGUGAUCCCCAUUCCAAAUAUGAUUUGCUUAAAAAUAUUGGUUCAGGAGCUUCUGGAAUGGUUUAUACUGCAAUUGACAAAGUGACAGGAGAAAAGGUUGCUAUUAAAAAAAUGGACUUAUCUCAACAACCUAAAAAGGAAUUGAUAAUAACAGAGAUUUUGGUUAUGCGUGAAAAUAAGCAUCCUAACUUGGUGAACUAUGUGGAUAGUUAUCUCGUAAAAAAUGAACUUUGGGUAAUAAUGGAAUAUUUAGAAGGUGGUGCAUUGACUGAUGUUGUGACGGAAACUGUCAUGGGAGAGGGACAGAUGGCUGCCAUUUGUCGAGAAACAUUAAAGGCAAUGUUAUUUCUUCAUUCCAAAGGAAUCAUUCAUCGUGACAUUAAAAGUGACAAUGUAUUAUUGGGCAUGGACGGCAAGGUAAAAAUUACAGAUUUUGGCUUCUGUGCUCAAAUUUCUCGUGACGAAAAACGUGAUACCAUGGUGGGAACACCCUAUUGGAUGGCACCAGAGGUAGUAACCAGAAAGCAAUAUGGAAAUAAAGUUGAUAUUUGGAGUUUAGGAAUCAUGGUUAUUGAAAUGACUGAAGGAGAACCUCCAUAUCUUACAGAAGCACCAUUAAAAGCACUUUAUCUGAUUGCCACUAACGGUCAACCAGAAAUAAAAAGGAAAAACAAAUCAGCCGAACUCACUUCAUUUCUUGAACGAUGUCUAGAAGUGGACGUAAAUGAAAGAGCUACGGCCGAAGAGUUGCUUAAUCAUCCAUUUCUCCAGAAGGCCGAAAGCUUAUCAACUCUCGUACCAUUUAUCAAAGCAGCAAAAAAGCUAUUAAAUAAGCAAUAAGAAUUUGUUAAUUAAAUGAUUUAUAAAAAAAAAAAAAA